AUGCAGACGCAGUAUCUGGAUGUGGAAGCAGCGGCGGAGAUGCCGAGCGGAAGCUGGAAUGCGUUUGUGCCCAAGUGGCUUGCUUGGGUGGGCCUAGCUGGACACGUCAAGGGACACAAUGUAUGCAGAACGGAUGCUGAGCAUAUGUUUUGGUCUCGCCGCUGUGUUCAGGGAGCAUGUUCGGGGAGCCGAGUGGUGUUCUGUCCUUGGCAGGAUGAGCAGUUGCAAAUGUUGGUUUUCCACUGGCAGGAAGGGUGGCAAUUUAGGGAGGCCGCGUUGGGUGACAGUAGGCCAUUGGAUAUCCUGGAAGGUUGGCUGCUUGACAUUUGGUCCUCUGACACGGUGCAUUUUCGAGUGUGUGUAUGUGAUCAGCUCUUAUCUGACAAAUGGCCAGCACAGUAUUCAAGAUUGUGGAGUCUUAUGUGUGUUGUAGAGUAUAGUGGGAUUCCGGCUGUGGCCCGGGGCUUGUUGAAGUGGGGCUGA